AUGCGACUUUUCUUCGCGCCUGCUCAAGGACCAUGGAAAGUUGGGCUAUGGACGGACAAUGGGAAACAGUCGGAAAGCAGAGGGCCGCAACGUCCGUGUUCGAGAUGUAAGAGUACCAACAAGGAGCAGGCGUGUGUCGAUGUUCAGCACAAGAAACGGGGUAGGCCGCGGCUACGUGACGACAGCCAGUCAAGAUUUGAGGGUUCGAGGCUCGGAAGUGCCGCAGAUGCGAUGCGGAGACCGUUGUCAUCGGCCUUCGGCACCGGAUCGUCGCUGGGUAUGGCUUACGAUGAUAGUCUCCGGCAGACUCAGUCGUACCGCGUACUGAAAUCUCAGCCAGCCGAGCCGAUUGCCCCGAGGUUCCUCGACCGCGGUCUUCCCUCCGACGCGAACAUCUACCCUCCACCCUUGUCCAUCACAGCUCCGCGGGCGACUGACGAAUCGGUUGCUUUCUUAACGAUCAACCUCGAAUUUUCGAAGGCAUCACCUUCGUUCCUGAACGUCGUAAGACGGACUUCGGUAAAGGGGCUGAAACUUGCGGAUAUACUCACGGCUGAGGACCGACCCAAGGCCACCAGGCUUGAACGGCAAGCGAAAGACGAACAGGCUAGAAAGGAGCCGACGUACCUGCCGCCUAUGUUCAGCAGUGAACGGGGAGAGACUGUGAUGCAAAGUCUUGGCUUCUCUCCAGAAGAGGUGUCAAGAUACUCGCUUCCUUGGUUAGAUACUUUCAACAUUAUGGGGGACGACGGACAAGGGCAUCCAAUUCCCAUGCGCGCAGGCCUGGACAAGCUAGAUUCGAUAUACUUCGUCGUGCUAUUGUUGAAUCCGGGACCUUCCGGGCCCCGACGCUUGUACCCCACGCCAUCCCCGAGUAUAAGGGACCCGGCGUAUUCGUAUGAGACGCCAAUGCAGUCUUAUUCACAGCCAACGCCGCUCUCAGCGACGUUUGACUUGAGGCAGCCUCGGCAUGGAGAUGCUGGAUACGAAACCCGGCAGCCGGGUAUGGUCAGUGCGCCGCCGCGCAUCAUAUCAGGCACAAGCUCCGGCUUUCCACCCACAUACGCGGCGUCGCCCAGCAGACCCGACUACCCUAGCACGCCGAGCUCAUAUCAGGUCCCCCGGAGUGAAGCGCCGUCGGAUGGUCGUCCGUCAUCGCAGGCGGCGGACUUCCAGCUCCCGCCACUACCCCAAAUCAGAAGUUCAUCCGGGAGCAACCCUCAACCUCUAGAGCCACCGCUAUUUCAGCAUCGGGAGGGACGUUCUCGCGUAGACAUCAGCGGGCUUCUCGAGCAACCGACUGCGGCCAGAAAUCCGCCAAGAGAGUGA